CACACGCAUCUCCAUUCACCGUAUUAAGCUGAGGCUGAGCUUUGUCAAAGAUGGUGAGAGCCCCAUGCUGUGAGAAGAUGGGACUGAAGAAAGGUCCAUGGACACCGGAAGAAGACCAGAUCUUGAGGGGUUAUGUCACCGCCUACGGCCACGGCAAUUGGCGGGCUCUUCCCAGACAAGCUGGCUUGUUGAGGUGUGGGAAGAGCUGCCGGCUCCGGUGGAUGAACUACUUGCGGCCGGACAUCAAACGAGGGAACUUCAGCAAAGAAGAAGAGGAGACUAUCAUGGAGCUGCAUCAAAUGUUGGGAAAUAGCAGAUGGUCAACCAUUGCGGCGAGGUUGCCCGGACGGACCGACAACGAAAUAAAGAAUGUGUGGCACACCCACUUGAAGAAGAGACUGAAGCAGAACGCGGGCGCCCCUCUGCCGGCACCACACUCCGCCAACAACCGCCGCCGCCGCCGCGACGAGCCCACAAGCCCUCAAAAUUCCGGCAGCGACAUCUCCUCCGUCACCGCCGCCGCCCCCUCCUCCUUGGAGGACGAUUUACGGGCCGACUACUCCCUGGAUGAUAGUUUCUGGUCGGAGGUUUUUUCGGCUGGAAAUUCCAGCUCGAGGAGUGAUAUUCCGGGCGCCGGCGACAACCCACAAAGUCAACUUAGUGUCGGCAUGUAUGACGGAGGGGAUCUUAUGUUAACCUCAAUUUAAUCACUUGAAAUUCUACUUUUUAAUUAGAAUCUUUAUAUUUUCAUUCUCA